AUGGCCCUCCGCGGCCAGACUGUGCUCGUUCUGUGUUCGAUUGUUGUGCUUCUCGGAGUUCAAUUAGUUCAGGGACAAAAGGAUUCGGCGGUGAAGAGCCCUCAGAUCCAUGGGGGAGACUGGAAGCCAAUUGUUACCGACCCGAAGACGGGCAAGAAUAUCACAUUGAAGAUGAGUGAAAAAGUCGUGCUCACCAAAUCCAAGCCAAAAAACAUGGAGCCACAGAAAAUAAACCUGGACGUGAAAUCGGAUCGAGCCGGCAGACUUCUCAUCGAGCCGGGCAACUCGAACGCGUUCUACGUCUACCUGCCCGCGCGCUUCCUCCACCCGGACACUUCGGACGCUCACGACGGUGGUAGUCACGGCGGUGGUUUCCGUGGCGGUAACCAUCACCAUCAUCAAGAUACAUCGUUCAGGCGACCUAAUGGCCACUUCGAUCAUGGUCCGUCGUUCGGGCCGCAGGGUCCAUCUCCAGGUCCAUCGGGGCCCUCGACUUUCGUGCCCUCCGACUCGGGCCGUCAUCGGCCCAACUAUCUGCCGGAUCAGGGUUCCGAUGUCCAGCCGGGUGGGGUCCGGAUCUACAGUGGUUUCCAUCCGGUGCACACACCACCUCAGAGUCAGAACUAUCAGAGACCGCAACCGGCAUAUCAGCCUCCGCCCGGAGCCGAACCGACUCCCGUGUCCCAGUACACUUCGUCCGGAGGUCCCCAAAUGUACAUUCCUCAAGGGGAAAUCCCUCGCCCAAACCCUCAGAGUUAUCACGGACCCAGGGCGGAGAAUGGGCCUCAGUAUUCGGUCCCUCCCCAACAGCAGCAGCAGCAGCAGCAGCAACCUCAACAAUACAACUCAGCCCCUCCCCAUAGCUCGUCAGCGCCGCAACCGUCGAAAUUCCCCUCGGGAGGAGGAUAUGGAGUUCCGGAUAUCGAUGACACCGAGGACGAUGACCUGCCCGAACCGGGUUACGGAAGCGCUCCUCGAGCACCGAGUCCUCCGCCGACCGAACGCCCUGAGCCAGGCUACGGGAACAAUCGCCGUCGACCCGGCCCCGACUACAGUCAGCCGCAGCAGCAGCAGCAGCAGCCGCCCUCUCAGCUCCCACCACCUCAGCAAGUUCCUCCCCAGCCAGCCCUCUAUGUCCCGACCCCCCCACAGUUCCAAAGCCCCCCUCAAAUCGAACGCGGUUACGGCGCUCCGCGACGUCCAUCGUCUUACGGACAGGCCCCUCAGUCGUACCAAGGCCAACUUGCUCAGCCCCAAUCCAAAGCCUUCGACCCGAGUCCAAGACCUGUCGGAAUAGUUUCUGCUAGACCGCACAGCCCAUCGAGCUAUAGCCAACCGAUACAGAGACCGCAGGAGCCGCCGAAAUACAGCAAACCGAUCCCUCUCGAACCGCCCGUCAAAUCGGGCGGCGGUGGCGGUGGUUACGGACGUCCAGAGCCUUAUGAGGACGACGACGUCCCUCAACGACCUCAAGUGCGACCAGUGACCGUGGCGCCGUCCCCUGAAUUCUUCCCGGGUACCGUCUCCCCGGCUCGCACUCCCACUGAAGACGAGAAAGCCGGUGUGGGAAUCAUCGAACCGAGAGGACUCCCAACUUGUGCUGCAACUCCAAGACCACAAACCCAGAGCCAGGGCUUGAGAGACAUCGCGAGAGAACUCGGUGCCGAUUACGUAUUCACAGACUUCGGUGUUUCGGAGGCCGACAUCUUCUCUUCGGCAGGAAACGAAGGCCAAUUUACAGUCUUCCUGCCCGCGAACGAAGCCCGCUUGUUCACCAAUCCUGAGCUUUUGGCUUCCUGGCGUCAGAAUCGCGACGCUUUCAUGUCCACCUUGGCCAAUCACAUCGUGACGGGGCAAAUCACGCUGGAUCAACUCAAACGCGGAGGAUCCUUCGUUACGAAAACCAGCCAGAACGCUAUCAUCAACAGCCGAGGCCACGACGACGGGGUGAUCACUGUCAACGGGCAGAGAGUCAUUUACGGAGAUAUUCAGAUCCCUAACGGAGGGCUCCUACACAUCGUCGGCGGGUUCAUCCAUCCUAUCGCCGAUGAGGAAGUUAUUCCCCUGGUGGAGAAAUGCGACAAAUACGACGGCUUCGACACGUUGGCCGCAGGCACGGGUUUCAGCCGGGAGCUCGCCGGAAACGCCGGAGGGUACACUCUCUUCCUGCCGAGCAACGAUGCGCUGUCGAAAGUUCCGAAAGACGAGCUGGCAGUCAUCCGAACCAACACGACGGCGCUCAUCGAGUUCCUGAGAUACCAUGUGGCUCAGGGCAUUCACUAUAGCAACGACCUUCGAGAUGGCCAAUAUCUCACAUCUCUGCAUAGAAACAUGCCGCUCCGUGUCGGCGUCAACAUCGACGGUUGUAGAAGGCGCCUCUACGAGGUGAAUAAUUCGCCGUUGUACCGAGCCGACAUCCCCGCGUCGAAUGGAGUGGUCCACGUCGUCGACUGGGUUCUUCUGCCCAGCGACCACAAAUGGUGCAAGGACGUCAUCCUCCCAUGA